ACAACACCCUCCCUUUUACUACUAUAAUGGCUAUCAAAAGGGCAAAUCUACUUCAGCCAUCAGCCUCCUUCAGACAUAUUAUCAAAAGAUGCUCGAGUUUUGGCAAGAGAAAUGGCUGCAAUGAAGACAGCCUACCCGACGACGUCCCGAAGGGCCACUUUGCUGUCUACGUCGGGGAAAACCGAAGCCGAUAUAUUGUCCCGAUAUCGUGGUUGGGUCACCCCCAGUUCCAGAGCCUGCUGCAGAUUGCAGAAGAGGAGUUUGGUUUCAGCCAUGACAUGGGACUCACCAUCCCUUGUGAAGAGGUUGUUUUUCGCUCCUUAACAGCCAUGAUCAAGAUCAGAUGAGACCAGAGAAGGAAAAAAUACAGAGGAUUUUUCUCAAAGUUGUUUGGAUAUUAAUUCGAUAAAGGAGUUGGAAGGAGCCAAAUUUGCCCUCCUCCUUUGCUGGAGUUUUUUUCUUUCAUUUUUAACACGAUUGACGUAAAAUCAUCUUUGAUUAUAUAUAUUGUAAAGGUUUGGUUGUGCAGUUUUCUCCAAACUGUGAAGCUAAGCAUAUAUUUAUCAUUUUUUUUUCCCUUGGAGGUCACUGGUUCAAGAUGAAAUGCCAAAGGCUUGCGAGGAAUUUGCUUC